GCCCCGCCUCGUGAGUAGACGCGUGGCGACGGCGAUGGGGUCGUGGGGCUGCGUGGCGUUGCGGCUCGGGGUGCUGCUGUGGCGCCGGGCCUUCUCCCCGGGAGCGUGGCCCGCGGCGGCCGCGGGGCUCAGGCUUCGGCUGCUGUCCGUGGGGCGGCUUCCGGUGGCACCGACGCUCGGCAAAGUCUGCCCGGCCCCCGACCGAGCGCGCGGCCUGCACGGUGGGCCGGGCCUGGAGGAGCGGGCGGAGGGAACAGCCGGCGAGGGGCGCCCGGAGUCAGGCACCGGAGAUCAUACUGGUCCCAAGUUUGACAUCGAUAUGCUGGUUUCACUUCUGAGGCAAGAAAAUGCCAGAGACAUUUGUGUCAUCAAGGUUCCUCCAGAAAUGAAAUAUACAGAUUACUUUGUAAUUGGUAGUGGAACUUCUACUCGACACUUACAUGCCAUGGCCUACUACAUUGUGAAAAUGUACAAAUACCUGAAACGUAAAAGUGAGCCUCAUGUUAAGAUCGAAGGGAAGGACACAGAUGACUGGCUCUGUGUGGACUUCGGCAGCAUGGUGAUUCAUUUGAUGCUUCCAGAAACCAGAGAAACGUAUGAAUUAGAGAAAUUAUGGACCCUUCGUUCUUAUGAUGACCAGUUAGCUCAGAUAGCACCUGAGACCUUACCUGAAGACUUCAUUCUUGGAAUAGAAGAUGACACUUCAUCUCUGGCUCCUGUGGAGUUUAAAUGUGAAUAAAAUGGAGAAUAAGCCUGAAACACAGUCUGGACCUGGUGCUUUGGGGAGACUUGUAGCCAAGUAGCCAGUUGUCUAGUUUUAUUGAGGUAGGUUUUAACUUUUAAUGUAGUAUUAACACAUAGGUAACAGGUGCUAUUGGUCAUCAAACAUGUCUCUUCUUUUUGUUAAAUGUAUGAUCUAAAGCAAUUCCGUUGUCUAAAAAUGUAAGUUACGGGCUUCCCUGGUGGCGCAGUGGUUGAGAGUCCGCCUGCCGAGGCAGAGGACACGGGUUCGUGCCCUGGUCCGGGAAGAUCCCACAUGCCGCGGAGCGGCUGGGCCCGUGAGCCAUGGCCGCUGGGCCUGCGCGUCCGGAGCCUGUGCUCCGCAACGGGAGAGGCCACAAUAGUGAGAGGCCCGCGUACCGGGAAAAAAAAAAAAAAAGUAAGUUACAAGAGGAGACCUUUAAAAAAGUAAGGUUGCAGUUAUCAGCUGCCAGCAGACAUUAUUUUGAGAACGGCUGGUGGCAUCCAAGUCUGACACAGCUCAGAAAACUCAGGUUCUUAGCAAUACAAGGAUUUGCCUGAAAUCACACCCACAGUGUCAUCUAGUUAUUUCUUGGAUGUCUUAAACCAUAGCUACUCCAUUUUGACUCUUAAUUGUAAUAUUCCCCUUAAUAGCCAAAGCAGAUGUCACCAUUAAUGAUGUUAGUGUUUCUCUAGGUAUGAGAAGAGCAAGAAUCUGGCCCAUAAAAUCUUCUCCUGAAAAUAUCUAUCUAUCUGAAGGCCUGUUCUGCCAGUUUUUCCCAGAGUGCCUCAUUCCUGUUCUCCACUCUGAACUCCUUUUCAGGGGGUGUUGAAGGUCAGCAGCUGCAGUGGCUUGUGAUUUAAUCUUUGUAGAGGCAGACAGCAAGUGC